CUGCUUCGUAUCACUCUCCGCGUGUCCUGCAGUGGGAAGACUCUUCCGGCCGGCAAGUCUGUCCUCAGCAUGUCCACGCGGAGGGCUCCGGGGGAUAAACAGGGAGACGGUGACCGCCACGAUCCUUCCGGGGACCUCCGUAGCGUCCUGGUCACCAGCGUGCUCAACCUCGAGCCGCUAGAUGAGGAUCUCUUCAGAGGAAGGCAUUACUGGGUGCCCACCACCCAGCGGCUCUUUGGUGGUCAGAUCGUGGGCCAAGCCCUGGUGGCGGCUGCCAAGUCUGUGAGUGAAGAAGUCCACGUGCACUCCCUGCAUUGCUACUUUGUUCGGGCAGGGGACCCAAAGGUGCCAGUGUUGUACCAUGUGGAGCGAACACGAACAGGGGCUAGCUUCUCAGUGCGCUCUGUGAAGGCCGUGCAGCAUGGCAAGCCCAUCUUCAUCUUCCAGGCUUCCUUCCAACAGAUGCAGCCCAGCCCUCUACAGCACCAGUUUUCCAUGCCUGUUGUACCGCCACCAGAAGAGCUGCUGGACCACGAAACUCUCAUUGACCAAUAUUUAAGGGACCCUAACCUCCAAGAGAAGUACCGGGUGGGGCUGAACCGAAUUGCUGCUCAGGAGGUACCUAUUGAGAUCAAGCUGGUCAACCCCCCAGUCCUGAGCCAGCUGCAGAAACUGGAGCCCAAACAGAUGUUCUGGGUGCGUGCCCGGGGCUAUAUUGGGGAGGGCGACAUCAAGAUGCACUGCUGUGUGGCCGCUUAUAUCUCUGACUACGCCUUCUUGGGCACAGCACUGCUGCCCCACCAGUUGAAGUACAAGGUGCACUUCAUGGUCUCGCUGGACCACUCCAUGUGGUUCCAUGCCCCCUUCCGAGCUGACCACUGGAUGCUCUAUGAGUGUGAAAGCCCCUGGGCUGGUGGUUCUCGAGGGCUGGUGCAUGGGCGACUGUGGCGUCGGGAUGGGGUCCUGGCUGUAUCCUGUGCCCAGGAGGGCGUGAUCCGGUCAAAGCCUAGGGUCUCAAAGAGCAAGCUAUAGCCAGAGAUGCCAGCUUGGCCUGGGCCUUCAAGGACUUCCUUUCUCCCACCAUUUUUGAGGCAGAGAGCUGGGCCUCCUGCCUCUCAGAUCCAAUAAAGAGAGCUAAUACUGGA